AUGGAGUACACUCCAGGUAUACUGAAACUCCCGACCGAGAUGAUCUUAAAGGUCUGCGCCGACAUUUCCCCUCGAUGCACAGAAACCCCCGAAAUUGAUCGGUCCUUCCAAGCCGAUUCUUGUGGUGAUGGUAGCGAUGACAACAGCAAGCCCGACAUUGCCAACAACAACUACCUUCAGCGUGUCGUCCAGCUCACUCGCAGCCUCAUCGCCCGGCCGGAUCUCGCUGGCUGUCUCCGUUCACUCUCGUUCUGCGUCGAGUGGUGCCCCGAUAUUCUUACACUUGACGAUAGGCAGUUCGUGGAGGAUAUGGUUGUCGGCCUCGGCCUUCCCGCGCUCCCCCAUUCCCGGAACAGCGAACUGGCGCUUAUCCACGCGCCCGCCGUCCAAUAUCUGAAGUUCCCGUGCGGGAAAGAUUGGGAAUUGACGGUCCUCCCCGCUCUAGCCUUGCAACAGCGGGAAAAUCAGGCCAACAACACCAAGAGCAACAGCGCCGGUGCCAAGCACACCGAUAUUACCGUCUCAUUCUUGCAUCUGCACACCAUCAACAUUGCCCAAGCAACCAAGCCUAGUUUCGACAUCUACUCCAAGAUCACCCCUACCACCAGCGCGCCCAACCUGCGCGCUCUCAGCCUACCUUCCGACCCGGGCCAGCUCCUACCCCGGCGCGAUAACCCCCGAAAACGCAAGAAGGGACCGGUUCCCCAGCGCCUCCCUCAACUCCCCCACGUCCACCGCAUCAAUUUCCAAAACAAGAGCACCCUCCGCCUGCAAGCCCUGGGCCGCCUGGUGGCCGCCACGCCUCGGCUUGAGGCCCUCGCGUUGCAAUGGCCUCCUCACUGGUCCUUGUACCCCAACGGCAUCGACACGAGGCACAAGAGGACCAUCGACCUGUGGAAAUGCCUGGGGAAGGUGCGGCACACGCUGCGGGAGUUGCGGUUGGAGGUAAAAUGGAAUUGCAUUGAGCCCCUUUUUACAGCGCACAAUGACGACGGGGUGGAGCUUUUGGUGGACGGGCAGCCGAGCCGGGCCAUUCGAGGCCGAGAGUCAAUGCGGGAUUUUGAAUCGCUGGAGCACGUGUCGUUGGACGCGUCGGUGGUGAACGCGUUAUUGGACGUGUGGAGCACGCGGAGAGCACAUUGGCAGCGGGAGGAAGGCGAGUUGAUGACAAUGUUUUUCAUGGAGCUCUUCCCACCGACUGUUCGGACAAUUACGUUGUGGGGGAAUGCGCGCGACGCGAUUGUAUUCAUGAUGUGUUUUAGACAAUUCGCGUGUGAGGUCGGGCGCGGGGGCACGUACCUGAACUUGGAGAGUGUGUCGAUCGCACCGUAUCAGUCAGGGACGGCGCAUUACGGCGCUAUUAUGCCUGAGGACUGGCCAGAACAGGUUGACAGGUAUGUGAAGCAGGAGUUUGCGAGAGUGGGAGUGGACUUUCAUGUCGAUUAUAAGCGUAUUGCCUGGCAGUAUGACGAUAUUGAUGACCUUUGA